AUGAACAAGAUUUUUGUUGGACUGCUAUCAAUUUUUGUUUUUCUUAAUUGUAUUUCAUCAUUACCAUCACCAAUUCGACGUAAUGCUGAUUCAUCAUGUCCACCAUAUGGAUGUAUUGUGGAUACGUCAUUCUGUUUUUGUGGCGUAACACAAACUCCAGAUGAUCGCUGUUGCACAGCUACUUGCACUCCAUGCCCACCUGAUUUUAAUGUUAAACCAUGGCUUACAAUGGAUUGGAGUUCAUUUAAUUUCAGUGCACUCGAUUUAUUUCCUCUCGGUCGAAAGUAA